CUGCUUCCUGACCUCUUAUUAAGCCGGCCCUGCUCCUGCGGCGGGGCAGGAGCCCCUGUUGGCUCUGGCAGGGGGUUUGCCGGCAGUUUGGAGCCAACCUGCCUUGCCACUGCUGGCACCCUUCUUCUGGAAGGUGCCCCUCAUCGACCUCCACAGCUGAGCUUGUGGGGGGGCAUGGUGAAGGCCAAGAAUUGCUGACCAGAAAGCCACCCUCAGUUAAAAGUCAUCUGGGCAGCUUUAGGCUGGAUUAGCAAAAUUUCAGUGUUGGCACACACGGCUGUGCAAGAACAUCCUCUGCCAAAACAACUUUCUGAUGGGUACAGGGUGAGGACUCAUCUUUGUGUUCAGCUACACCGGGGAAGAAGCAAACACUGUCUGUAAGGUGGAUAUCAAACAGUAUCUGCUGUGUCAGAGACUGUUUCAAGUUGACUAGUUCAAGGAGUGAUUUCUAGAGAUUCUGAGAAUUUCAUUAAAGUCAUUUUAAUUAAGGCAAAGAUAUUUUUAAAACCAUGAAAAAAGUCAAGCUAUCAUGUAGUAAAACUGGUGGAGUGUGCUGUAGCUUGGUUGUGAACUUUUCUUGAGAGGGCAGAUGGAUGUAAAUGAAGAUAUAUAGGGAAAAUGAGAAGAACAUCUGCCUUUUUCAGCUCUUUAUGAGACAAGUACAAGCAAGACAAAAAUAAAACUGAGCCACUGAGCUUGUUUCAGCAUAUGGUCACUGGAGUUAUAAGCAAAGAGUACAUCCCAAAAGGAACACGCUUUGGACCCCUGGUAGGAGAGAUCUAUACCAGCGAUACGGUUCCCAAGAAUGCGAACAGAAAAUACUUUUGGCGGAUCUAUUCAGGUGGUGAGCUUCACCACUUCAUUGAUGGAUUUAACGAGGACAAGAGCAACUGGAUGCGUUAUGUAAACCCUGGCUACUCUGUUCAGGAACAGAACUUGGCUGCUUGUCAGAAUGGAAUGAACAUCUACUUCUAUACCAUCAAGCCCAUCCCUGCCAACCAAGAGCUGCUUGUAUGGUAUUGCCGAGACUUUGCAGAAAGGCUGCACUAUCCCUCCUCCAGAGAGCUGACAAUGAUGAACCUCACGCAAACCCACAUUAAUCCAAAGCAGCACAGUGCUGAUAAAGAUGAGCUUUAUCAGAAGAGCAUCCCAAAGAAGGAGCACAGUGUGAAAGAAAUACUGAAAAUGGAAUCCAAUCCUCCAAAAGGAAAAGACUUCUUCCAGACCAACAUUUCACCAGUUACUCCAGAAAAGGACUUGGAUGAUUUGCGUAAGAACUAUAGCCCGGAGAGGUGUUUCUUCCCUCGAGUUGUCUACCCAAUCCGACCUCACAUUCCAGAAGACUAUCUGAAAGCUUCCUUAGCAUACGGGAUGGACAGACCCAGCUACAUUACUCACUCACCCAUCCAGGCAUCUACUACACCAAGUCCUUCUGGGAGGAGCAGCCCAGACCAAAGUUUAAAAAGUUCAAGCCCUCACAGCAGUCCAGGGGUCACGGUUUCACCUCUGGCACCUACUUCCCAAGAGCACAGAGAGCCAUACUCUUACUUGAAUGGAUCGUAUGGCUCAGAAGGAUUAGGGUCUUACCCUGGAUAUGCACCCCCUGGCCACCUCCCACCUACCUUUCUACCAUCCUAUAACCCCCACUACCCCAAAUUCCUGUUACCUCCAUUCAAUAUGAGCUGUAAUAACCUGAGUGCUUUGAACAAUAUCAAUGGCAUCAACAAUUUCAAUCUGUUCCCAAGGAUGUAUCCUCUUUAUGGCAACCUGCUCAGCGGAGGUAGCCUUUCCCACCACAUGCUGAACCCCACCACGCUCCCCAGUUCAUUGCCCAGUGAAGGAGGCCGUCGAUUGCUGCAGCCUGAUCAUCCAAGAGACUUCCUCAUACCAGCACCUAACAGUGCCUUCUCUAUCACGGGCGCUGCUGCCAGCAUGAAGGACAAGCCAUGCAGCCCUACCAGUGGGUCACCCACCGCUGGUACAGCAGCCAGUUCGGAACACAUAAUGCAACCUAAACCUACCUCAGUGGUGUUGGCUGCCACCGGCGGUGAAGAAGCCAUGAAUCUCAUUAAAAGUAAGAGGAAUGUGACCGGUUACAAAACCCUCCCCUACCCACUUAAGAAGCAAAAUGGGAAGAUCAAGUACGAAUGCAAUGUUUGCUCCAAGACCUUUGGCCAGCUCUCCAAUCUGAAGGUGCACCUCAGAGUACACAGUGGAGAGAGACCAUUUAAAUGCCAGACUUGCAAUAAAGGCUUCACACAGUUGGCUCACCUCCAGAAGCACUAUCUGGUACACACGGGAGAAAAACCCCAUGAGUGUCAGGUUUGUCACAAGCGGUUCAGCAGCACCAGCAAUCUCAAAACCCACCUGCGGCUCCACUCUGGAGAGAAGCCUUAUCAGUGCAAGCUCUGCCCAGCCAAAUUCACCCAGUUUGUGCACCUGAAGCUGCACAAGCGUCUCCACACCCGAGAACGUCCCCAUAAAUGCAUCCACUGCCACAAGAGCUACAUUCACCUCUGCAGCCUCCAGGUCCACCUGAAGGGCAACUGCCCCGUUGCUCCUGCCUCCGGCCUCUCCAUGGAGGACCUGAAUCGAAUCAAUGAGGAGAUCGAGAAGUUCGACAUCAGUGACAAUGCUGACAAGUUGGAAGAAGUGGAGGACAAUAUCGACUUAACAUCGAUCGUGGAGAAGGAUAUACUGACCCUGCUCAGGAGGGAAAUGGAAGGAGCUAAUCUGAAAGUAUCUCUACAGAGGAACCUGGGAAAUGGGCUUAUCUCGUCAGGAUGCAACCUUUACGAGUCGUCCGAUCUGUCAAUUAUGAAGUUGCCUCACGGUCACCCACUACCUCUGUUACCUGUAAAGGUCAAGCAAGAAACAGUUGAACCAAUGGACCCUUAAGACUUUUUGGCAAAGUGAUUUUUUUUUUUAAUUUAUGACUUGGCAAGUCAGGGUGCCUGUAACAGUUGCUUGUACAUAGUUUCAAUGCUGCAAAGCAAUCUUGGCUUACAGUAGUUUCCCUACGCUCUCCAGCUGAAAGAAGGAACUCCAAAGUUACUGUUUUCUCAGGGCAUAAAAAGGGGCAAAGGACUGUGCAUUGCCUCGCCAGUUACUAAAAGACAAUCAUUUAUCCAUAACUAUUUUUUCAAUGAUAGUACUUCAUAAUUUAUUAUGCAAUUAAUCAUUCUAAAAGCAAUAAUUAGGAAAAUGUUUACAAUGACUGGAAAAUUCAUUGUAAUUUUUACUUUAAAUGUUUUUAUUUUUGUUUUAUGGCCAUUCUUUGUAGAUAUUUUUUUCUGCACAUCUGUUUUGAGAACCUAAGAUUGGGGUUUCAGUUAAUGUGUUUUAUGUACCAAUGUCUUUUAAACAAAUGCGGUUUUUCGUAUUGCCAAAGUUGUGACAUACAGAAUCCUAGACCAUGUUUGAAAAAAAAUGCCAUGUACUUUUAUGUGCAAAUCACCCCACUGGGAAUAGAAAAGGAAAAAAAUUAACCAAAUCAACAACCCAGAGUAGCAGCAAGCAGGGAAGAAACUGUUUCCCCUGCCUCUCUGAGGAGAGGAGAAAGAUUCUUCUACCUGCAGCUCUACCCAGAACAGAUGUGGUGCAGCAAACACUGACCUGCCAUGGACAAUACCACAGGUUUUAGAAAACACCUCUAGCCCCACACAUUGUCAUGUAACUUUAAGACCAAAGGAAUGCAUGAGCUUAACGUGGCUUUUCAAAAAUCAAAUCUCACUUACAUUCUUUUGUUUCCAAAAGCAGUGUAAAAGCAAAGACACAAAUAUUCUUAAUAUUCUGCCUGAAAUGAGGUUUUUGGCAGAUUUCUUUCUUCUGGUUUUUGUUUUGUUUUGUUUUGUUUUUUUUGGCCAGAGCCUUCCAGGGAUAAAAAAAAAGAUGGUCAGAUUCCCUGAGAAAGAAGGGGUUCGGUUUUACUUGUAUUUUCCUCUCCACUUUGCCUGGGUAGAAGUGGGGAACAAAGUCCUUUCCUGGCACAUAAAUUUUUUUCUUCCUUCCUGUACGACUCAGAUUUUUCUCAGUAUUUGUGUUUGUACAUUUUGUGGUUAAUUUAAUUAAAGAAGAAAAGGGCAUUGCAAAGUUGUUGAACAACAAUUACCUCAGUGCUUGUGUCCAGUGGUGCAGACAAUGCUGUUUUAACUAAAUGCUUUGCUACUUUAGAGAAGAAACCAAAAUGUGCACAGGGAAAGAUAGAAUGCACGUCCUUUUAUCUUUUUGUUUUGCUAAGCCCAAAGAUGAUAUGGUGACGUUUGAGGUGUAGCAAAGAAUACAUGUAUAUUUAUAGAUAUAUUUAUACCACUAUACUAUAUAUGUAUAUGUAUAUAUAUUUAUACCACUUAAGUUGUGAGCCAAACCAUGUAAUAAAACUUAUUUUUCAUCUAAGUGUGAAAAUCAAAUGUUACCCAGUUUUGCAUAUAACCAGUGACCUCAAAACCAGAAGGCAUUUAUCACUUGCAAGUACACAUGUGCCCUUGCCCAGGUGGAGCUGGAACUUGCAAACACCUUACGUGAGUGACGUCACCCACGCUGGCGUCUCAGUGAAUUCUAUGGGAAUGACCCUGUUUGCAGGACAGGGCUUGUCAGCCCCCUGCUCUCCCGGCAGUCUGCACUUGGGGGGGAAGGAGGCUGGUGGUCAGUCAACAGACAGCCAGAAAAUGUAACUGAAAGAACUUGGAAAGAAGCCAAACACGACCCAUGUUUGAUGUGGUCACAAAUCACAGUAAGGGCAGGAGGGAAGUUAGUUGGGACAAGCCCCUCGUCUCAUUGUACCCUGCCAUUAAUGAGUUGAACGGUUAACUCACAUAAGUAGCAUUAUUACACAACUCCCCUCCAUGUAUCCUUUUUUUGUCUGGUUAUAUUCUUACGAAAUUUAAAAUAGCCCACCUCAGCAAUCCAAGAUUCAGUGAUCUUUUUCUCUUUUUUUUCAGUAAACUUCAUUUUAAUGGCUUCUGUUAGAAAAACAAACAAUCCUGAAAUACAAGUCUCUCAGCACAGCUUUUGAAGGACUACAGUUCAUUACAUUUCCACUUCUGCAAAUUGUGAGGCUGACAUCUUUUAAAUGUAGCAAUAGUUCAUAAAUAUAGUACUUAAUUGUAGGAAAAACCAAAGUAUCACUACUCUGUCACUGGACACACACUUUUCCUAUUAUUGCCUGUAGUGCUUUCUUGUAUUUGAUACAAAUUUUACAAGAAUUUAUAUGCAUCAGCUUUAAGAAUUGUUACUUCUCUUUACUGUUUCCCCCUUCCCUUAGACGUUUUACAUGUGAAUGUAGCAACAAUCAACAGUGUUCUGGGGGUUUUUUUUGUCUCUCUUGAGAAAGACUCUGACCAAAGUUAACAGGCUUUUUCCUUUGCUAGAACAACAAACUAUCAUAUGUUUACGUAUUGGUUUACAUCAUUAUUUAUGUGCAAAUUGUCAAAUGUAAAUUAA